CUAUGAUGUGUAUUUGCGGUGGGUUUCUCCUGAACAUUGGACUUUGGACUCUGACGACAUAGCUGACCUAUGAUAUCCUUAUAUUAAGCAUUUCCUUGUGACAGUUUUAGCAGUCGUUAUUCGUGAAUGUUCGAAGUAUCGCAGUUGCUGCUUGGACACAAGUGUAUGUAUCGUCAAAGUGUCAACACAGCACAAACAAGAAUGAGUGAAGAACAGUUUUUUGUUCGUCUUGGGAGCCUCCCCAUUGUGAAUUCAGCAUGGACCAAUGCCCUGGAUGUUUACCAGAAAACCAAAAAUCACAACGUAUUGUUUCGUACAAGUUUAAACAUAGCAGAGGCAGGAGUAUGGACCAUGAUGGGAACAGCGAAGCCAAUCGUUGGCAAGUGCCAACCACAGAUUGAACGUGUAAACACUAUUGCCUGUGAACAGUUGGCGAAACUUGAAGAAAAAUAUCCUGCCAUAACACGUCCCACUGACCAGUUGGUUCAGGAAAGUAAAGAAGCAUGUGUGGCCCUGGUUCAGCCAGCGAUUGACCGGGUGUCGACGAUGAAGCAGUAUGGCUCUGACAAGUACAAUGGCGCGGUGUCGGCAGGCAAGGAUCAGGUGAAUCGUGUUAAACAACUGGGGACUGACACCAUCACUGGCAUGAAGACCUAUAGCCAUGGGCUGGUGAUCAAAUCACUGGAGACAACAUACGGUCAGUUGGUACUGACAGGGGUGGAUGGGCUGUUGACCAUUUCUGAAAGCUAUGUCGACAAGUAUCUCCCAUCAGAUGAAGAGCAUUCUGAGGAUGAGAAAAAGGAAGUUGAUGAACUAACAACCAAUCCAAUUGACCGGGCCAUGACCUUGACCUCCAAGGUGCGUCGUCGCAUGUACAAGAAAACAUUGAGGGAGCUUCGGACAGCAAGAGUCAGAAGUCAGGAAACUCUCGCCAAACUCAACUUUACAGUCGAUUUGAUUGACUAUGCCAAGUUGAACAUUGACCAAGUGAAAAGUCGGGUGGAGGGCACCAUGACCGCUGCUCAAGAUAAGGUCAAGGACACAUGGACAAAGAUCAUGUCUGAGGAAGAGGAAGGUUUUGAACCCGAGACGACAGAAGAGAAGACGAUUGCCCUGGCUCGAAGACUGACGAGACAGAUUCGGAACAAUGUUGGUAUGGUCGCUUCGUACAUCAGCAGCACUCCAGAACAUAUUAGGGAAAGGUUGAUUCAGGCAGAAAAAUAUGCUGAAGAUCUCUACACUGUGUUUGUUAAGAAAAACCGAUUUGAAGACUUUCCCUCAUGGAUGAUAGUCCAGACAAGGGAGAGAAUUUCUUACAUACAAGAUGCAUUAGGAUAUGUCACAGACUUCGUAAUGACUUCUCCACUAAACUGGCUGGCUAUAGAUAUUGAAAUUGAAGAUUUGGCCGUGGAGGAACCUGAAGUGUAUUCAUGUAAUGGGCAUGCUGUUGUAUACAGAGAUGACGAAGAUGAACUGUAAACGCCAGAUACGUCAACUGUAAACACCAGAUACGUCAACUGUAAAUGCCAGAAUACUGAAUUCAUAUAGGCAUAUCAUACUUUCGGGGGCAUGUAGGCCCAAUAUGGAACUUUGUCACCAAACAAACAAAUAUGUAUACUGUACCAGAUUUCUAUAUUUUCUUAAGUAUAAAAAAAACUAUUUUGGGGUCUUACAGGACAAAAAUUUAAUUUUAUGUCACCAAAAAACAAAUGCAUAACAUAAUUAUUCAAUGACUGAAAGCCUAUUGCAUAAUAUAGAAAUUCAUACCCAUAUUGUUGGGGGAAAAAAUACACACAAAAUUAUUAGAUUUGUUCAGUGCUUGUAAGCCUAACAGAGGAAUUUACAUCACCAAAGAAUGCAUUCCAGAUCAAUAUUUUUGGAGGAAAUGCAUAUUAUUAAGAAUUCUUGCCACAUAAGUUUUUUUGGUGCUUGUAGAUAGAUAUGCACAUUUUUUUUAUAAUGGAAAACUUAUUUUUGCAAAUGAUGUGUACCGGUGUAUUUUAUAACUAGCAAACACAGGUUUGUGAUUGUUUUUAUCAACAGAUAUAAUUGUGAUUGUUUUGAUCAACAGAUAUAAUUUUAUUUACACUUACUAAACAAUAAAUGUACAGUAUGGGUCAAAUUUGCAAAGCCUGCAUGCAUGUAACUACAUAUAUUUACAAUGCUUAAACACCUGUGCAUCUUAAAUUUGACCCCGUCUUUUUACCUUUAUUUUAAAUAUUAAUCAUAAUGAUUUGCAGGGGUGCAGAAAGUACUUGCCCGCUCGCCAAAUGCGAGUAAAAAUUCUGACGGACGAGUUAAAAAAUGCAACUAUCGGUCCGACAGGUCUAUCUGUCUUUUUGACUUCGUUUGCCACAUGAUGUUGAUCACUUACCAGAUGUUCUUAAUAAUGUUUUGUCAGUAUAUCCAUAUAUAUCAUUUGAAGUGAAGACACUGUAUAUUAUAAUAUUAUUAAUAGUAUAUUAUUCUAUAGACUGGCGGAUGAGUAGAAAUUAUUGCGGGCUAGUAAAUUUUAGUUGGUUCUGGUCCAGCGAGCUAGUGAAAUAUGUUCCAUUUCUGCACCCCUGGAUUUGUGUUAUCACAAAGACAUAAUUUUAUAAGAUUUAUUAACAGUUGGGUUAAAUGAAAACAAAGAAUCACUCGCACUUAAAUAUAAAUGUAUUACUUUAUAAAAUUAUUAUCAUGAUUAUUAUUAUUGUUGUUAUCAUUAUGACAAAAUAAAGAUUUUAUCAAA